CUCCCCCUCGCCUCUCCUCCUCCUCGCGCAGAGCUCGACACUCACAGGCACAACAGAUGUUACAGUACUACAGGCUGCAGGAGCGCAAGAAUUUGAUGUAGAAGAAGUACUUUAAUUUAAUCUGCUUUAAACUUCACAGGAGCGGUUAAUGUUACCGGAGUAGGGGGGGUUCUCCGAGGACAAAACUCGACUUUCACAGUCACUGGAUCCUAUACGUUCAGAGGCGCAAUUUGGUGUCAAGGUCAGGAGUGGCCAUGCCAUUUGGCUGUUUAACAAUCGGGGAAAAGAAGGAUUAUAACAAUCCUUCGGAGGUGACGGAUAAAUAUGACUUGGGUCAGAUCGUUAAAUCGGAGGAGUUCUGUGAGAUAUUCAGAGCCAAGGACAAAAAUACGGUUAAAAUGUUUACAUGUAAAAAGUUCCUGAAAAAGGACGGGAGGAAAGUCCGCAAGGCUGCGAAAAAUGAGAUCCUCAUCCUAAAGAUGGUGAAGCAUCCAAACAUUCUCGCACUGGUGGAUGUGUUCGAGACCAAAAAAGAGUACUUCCUCUUUCUUGAACUUGCAACGGGCAGAGAGGUAUUCGACUGGAUCCUGGACCAAGGCUACUACUCAGAGCGAGACACCAGCAACGUGGUGCGCCAGGUGCUGGAGGCCGUGGCCUACCUCCACUCCCUGCACAUCGUCCACAGAAACCUCAAGUUGGAGAACUUGGUGUACUUCAAUCGCCUGAAGCACUCUAAAAUAGUCAUCAGUGACUUCCAUCUUGCCAAGCUGGAGAACGGACUCAUCAAAGACCCCUGCGGGACACCAGAGUACCUGGCUCCAGAAGUGGUCGGCAGACAGCGGUAUGGCCAACCUGUGGACUGCUGGGCAACAGGUGUCAUCAUGUACAUCCUACUGUCAGGCAACCCUCCUUUCUACGAUGAAACUGACGACGAUGAUUUUGAAAACCACGACAAGAACCUGUUCCGAAAGAUCCUGGCCGGCGAUUAUGAGUUUGACUCUCCGUACUGGGAUGAAAUCUCAGAUUCAGCUAAAAGUCUGGUUGCUCGUUUGAUGGAAGUGGAUCAAGACCAGAGACUGACAGCCCAGGAGGCUAUAAACCAUGAAUGGAUCUCUGGCGGUGCGGCUUCAGAUAAGAACAUCAAGGAAAACGUGUGUGCACAAAUAGAGAAGAACUUUGCCAGGGCUAAAUGGAAGAAAGCAGUGCGUGUCACCACCAUCAUGAAGAGGCUGAGAGCACCUGAGCAGAGCGACUUGAGGGCCGCCAGCCCCUCUGCUGCUGCCCCUCCAGACACCGCCGCUGCUCCCCAACCUGCCAGCGACCCAUCUGCUGCUCCCCAACCUGCCAGCAACCCCUCUGCUGCUCCAGCCGCUGCAGCACCCCCCGAGGGAGCGACUGCUGUCGUCACAGAGCUCCCUGCUGGGGCGGAGAUAAGCCAACCUGCGCCGGAGGAGGCCGCCUCAGACGGGGAGCCGCAGCAGCCGAGGCCGGCGCCGCAGGAGGCCGAGCCGACAUCGCGCUGUAAUGGAGAAGCUGCUCUCAACACAGCCACCGAAGGCGGGGACGAGCAGGGUUAGAGACCCCCCCCCCCCACUGCGAAUCCCCACCCCUUCCUAUGUGACCUUUGCAGUCCCCACCACUGUACAUUAGCUGCUAGCAUGGUGAUACUGACUCUGCUUCUCCCUCACUUGCAGCAUUAAUAUCAUCUCAUGGAGGCUGUGUGCUACCUUUCCCCGAGUGCCGCUUUCUUUUUACACUUAUUGUGUCUUUUUUUCAAUGACCCCCUCCGGUAUUUUACUUCAGAUUAAAUUAAACACUUCUAUCUCCCCACACAUGAGUUUUAGGGGCAGAAACAGAUUUGCCGUCAAGCUGCGUCUUACAGCUAAAGUCUUCUUUCUUAUUCCUCUCUUAAGAGAUAAGAGAAUAUAGGAAAGGCAUAAUUGUGCUGAAUACGGCUUUGAUUCCUUUUUAAUGAGCCGACUUGGGAAACUUCUCUGCGCCAGUCUUGCAAUUACAGUAUUUGUUCUUAGAAUCAGUAGAAAAGUUUUGCUUCGGAAAUGUUGACCUUGUACCGUGAUACUCAGUGUACUUGAUACUCAGUAAGUGCUGGUCCUCUCGCAUGGAGAAGAUCACAUAUUCCUGUCACAGGGGAAUAUGGUAAUCUUUCCUAUCUGUUAUUGUCCACACUAACCAGUUAUUGUGCGUCAAACAAUGCUGGGAUUGGUGACUAGGAGUUAUUAUGCCCGGUAUUGUAUUUUGAACUAGGCAGCUUCUCACAUAAGCACACACGAAAACACUAUGUUCCUUUGCUUACUUCCUGCUCAGGAAAGAACCUCAUAGCUGUAAGUGUAAAGAUUCUGUAUAUAGAGACCUUUGUAGAAGUAGCCAAAACAGCAUGCAUUCUCACUUCUUUGCUGUUUCAUUUCACAUGUACAGCCACUUGGUGGUUAAAGAUGCGCUGCCGCCAAAUGUAUCGCAGGCCAGAGCACCCACGCCUUUUGCCACAAGCCAUGCAGAGGCUACUUUAAAAAGCACACUAUAUAUUAUGUUGUCUGUCACCACUGUUCAUUUAGCACCCCCUGUUGUCAAUGUUAGUAGAAUGAAACAUUACAUAGCAGUUCUAUGCAUCCAAAUUAAUUUGUAGCUUUUCCUUUUUUAGAAACGUCAUGACAUCGUUCUUCAUCACGCGACUAAAAAUGUAUUUUUCUUUGCUAGAUCUCAGUUUACUUGUAUGUACUUUGUAUUUGAUUGUGUCCUUUGUGAUUAGACACUGACUAACGGCGCCACACAUGUCUUAAUAUUUGGUUGUAACUGUAAAGCAAAGUGUGCAUUGAAUGACCACAUGCAGCUUUUAAGGAAAAACAUGCAUCAUUUUAGAUUUGUGGUAACUUAAGGGUCAACUCACCAUCUUUGCUGACCUGUAUUGUACUGAAAUAAUUAUGAAUCAUAUGUUUCACAUUUCUGAACAGUUUUUUUAAAUGCCAUAUCUUUAUUGCUUUCUUUUUUUUUUAUAGCUCUUUCAUUCAUGUUUGUUCCAUAGAUGUUUCUCCUUAUACUUGAUUAACAGUAAUAACAAUAUUUCCUUUCUUGUCGCUGGUCCCCUCGAGUAUAAAUAAUGAGCUGCAGAAAAAGAGUUCUCUGUAAUCACUCUAGAGGAAAUUGAGCAAUAUUCGAAUGGCUGCAGAAACUGUGAUUCCUGGUGUCCUUUCGAUACAGUCCAUGUCCCUGUAAGUAAAAGUCUAUAGUCCUUUGCCGGCUGUCAGGCCCAUCAUGGCCGCCUAACUAACGCAUGUCUGCUGCUGUCAGAUAAGUGGUGGUUCAGUGUGUGUGUUAGCGCGAGACUAAUGUGGGGACUCACACACUGAACCAUGGGGUUUUCAUUCCCUGGUCACAAAAAGACAGCUGUAAAAAAGGUCAAAAAAUUAAAUAUGUUUCGGGCUCGUGCACGGCCACUGUCUUAAUCCACCCAAUCUGUUGUUGACUGUAAACACCUGUGAAGUUAUAUUAAAAUGUGCAUUUCUUAUAAAAAUGAAGAUAUUUAUAAUCCGUAGAAUCUAAGGUUUGACUCUGUUCAGCGCAGAGCCUUUUAUUUAUGUUAUCUCUUUCAUUUGCUCUAUAGAUUGGUAGAAAUGCCAAUCAUUCAGAUUAUAUCGCUACAUUAUUUCUUACAUUGUUGAAGAUAAAUAUUUAGAUUUUAACGAGAGACAAAAUAUCUGAUUUGUAUGUGAAUAAAUUAUAUCAUGUAGUCCGUUCUCUUUGUUUAGAUGGCAAAUAAAUACUGUUUGAACACUGUAACACAGUUUAAAGCAAUGCUUUCUUUUCUCACUGUAUUUAUUAAAAACCAUGUUCAUUUCGCCACGCACUUACAGGUGUAUUUGUAGAUGUGAUGUUUGCCAGGACCGGCGGUCACCUGCAAGUCCUAUCCUGCAUCUGUGAGCUCUGUACCGUACUCAUUGUACUGAGUUGAUGACUUUGAUGCUAAUAAAAUUCUAAUUCAUCUGUUUACUCA